AUGAAUGACAAAGAUAUACAAGAGCAAUUCGAAAAGUAUGAAGAGAAUGUAAAGCGGAACAGCAAAAAAAAUAGCCUCAGCGAUAAAUCCAAGGGCAGCGUCCAUGAAGGGACAAGCAAUUUGUCCAAUUCGUCCUCAAUGAAUAAAAGGGAAGAUGCAGACGCCCAAUGUAAGCCAGCGAACAAUGGUGCCCAUGAAGAGAAUCAGCUCUCCGGCACUAAUCAGUUGCCUUCCCCAGCCGCGAAGAAGAAAAUACUCAUAAGUGAGGAGUAUUCCAGCGACGGAGACGAAACAGAUUGCCUGAGCGAAGUGGACAAGAAGGAAAUGGAGUUGAAGGAAUCUGACAUGGCGAAGCUGAGUGUCGGCCAAAGCAAGCGCAUGUCAGUGAGCGCAGAAGCAUACGGAGAAUGGAACAAAAAAAAACUGAAUUUUGUCCCAAAGGUAUACAAAAAGGAUGAAAGCGAAAAAGAAAAAAUAAGGGAAGCUUUAAAUGACUCCUUCCUAUUUAAUCACCUAAAUAAAAAAGAAAUGGAAACCAUCGUGGACGCUUUUUUUGAUCAACAUGUGGACAAAAAUAUAAAUAUAAUUAACGAAGGAGAGGAAGGAGAUCUCCUAUACGUAAUCGCUGAAGGAGAAGUAGAAAUUUAUAAAAUGAAGGAAAACAAAAAGGAAGUAUUAACAAUAUUAAAGUCCAAGGAUGUUUUUGGAGAAUUGGCUCUAAUGUAUAAUUCAAAAAGAGCUGCCACUGCAAAAGCCUUAACCAAGUGUCACUUAUGGGCACUAGACAGAGAAUCAUUUACUUACAUAAUAAAAGACAAUGUAGCAAAGAAGAGAAAAAUGUAUGAAGAUUUUCUUAAACAGGUUUCUAUACUAAAAGAUAUGGAUCCAUAUGAGAGGUCCAAAGUUGCUGAUUCUUUAAAAACGAAAACAUUUUCAGACCAAGAAGAUAUUAUUAAGGAAGGAGAACAGGGAGAUACUUUUUAUAUAAUCAUUGAGGGCAAAGCUGUGGCAAUAAAAAACAAGACAGUUAUUAAGACCUAUAGUAAGGGAGACUAUUUUGGAGAACUAGCCCUUUUGAAAAACCAACCCAGGGCCGCUACUGUUAAGGCCAAAGAUACCUGCCAAGUGGUUUACCUCGACAGGAAGAGCUUUAAGAGACUUCUAGGACCUAUAGAAGAAAUUCUCUACAGGAACGUCGAAAAUUACAAGAAGGUCCUCAAGCAGUUGGGCCUCGACACAGCUUGCAUUGAGUGA